AUGCGUGCGCCCCGGCGGGCAGCCGCGGCGGCGUGCUCCAUCCUCCUCACCCUGCUCCUGGCGCUGCGGGCCCAGGUGACUUUAGCGUCGGGACAGUUCGAGUUGGAGAUCUUAUCCAUGCAAAAUGUGAAUGGUGAACUGCAAAAUGGAAAUUGCUGCGAUGGCACCCGAAACCCAGGAGAUAAAAAAUGCACCAGAGACGAGUGUGACACCUAUUUUAAAGUUUGUCUGAAGGAGUAUCAAUCGCGGGUCACUGCUGGCGGUCCUUGCAGCUUCGGAUCCAAAUCCACUCCUGUCAUCGGAGGAAAUACCUUCAAUUUAAAGUACAACCGGAAUAAUGAAAAGAACCGGAUCGUUAUCCCCUUCAGCUUCGCCUGGCCGAGAUCCUACACACUGCUUGUCGAGGCGUGGGAUUACAAUGAUAACUCCACAAACCCCGAUCGCAUCAUCGAGAAGGCGUCGCACUCGGGCAUGAUCAACCCCAGCCGGCAGUGGCAGACGCUCAAGCACAACGCGGGCGCCGCGCACUUCGAGUACCAGAUCCGCGUCACCUGCGCCGAGCACUACUACGGCUUCGGCUGCAACAAGUUCUGCCGGCCCAGGGACGACUUCUUCACGCACCACACCUGCGACCAGAACGGCAACAAGACCUGCCUCGAAGGCUGGAUGGGACCUGAGUGCAACAAAGCUAUUUGUCGUCAGGGAUGUAGCCCCAAGCAUGGUUCUUGCACAAUUCCAGGAGAGUGCAGGUGUCAGUAUGGAUGGCAAGGCCAGUACUGUGAUAAGUGCAUUCCACACCCGGGAUGUGUCCAUGGCACUUGCAUUGAACCAUGGCAGUGCCUCUGUGAAACCAACUGGGGUGGUCAGCUCUGUGACAAAGAUCUGAACUACUGUGGAACCCACCCGCCCUGCUUGAACGGUGGUACCUGCAGCAACACUGGCCCUGACAAAUACCAAUGUUCCUGCCCUGAGGGCUACUCAGGACAGAACUGUGAAAUUGCGGAGCAUGCCUGCCUCUCCGACCCUUGUCACAACGGGGGAAGCUGCCUCGAGACAUCCAUGGGAUUUGAAUGUGUGUGUGCUCCUGGCUGGGCUGGACCGACCUGCACUGACAAUAUUGAUGAUUGUUCUCCAAAUCCCUGUGGUCAUGGAGGAACUUGCCAAGAUCUAGUUGAUGGAUUUAAGUGUAUCUGCCCACCUCAGUGGACUGGCAAAACAUGCCAGCUAGAUGCCAAUGAAUGUGAGGGCAAGCCCUGUGUCAAUGCCAACUCCUGCAGGAACCUGAUUGGCAGCUACUACUGUGACUGCAUUACUGGCUGGUCUGGCCACAACUGUGACAUAAAUAUUAACGACUGUCGUGGACAAUGUCAGAAUGGAGGAUCCUGUCGGGACUUGGUUAAUGGUUAUCGGUGUAUCUGUUCACCUGGCUAUGCAGGAGAUCACUGUGAGAAAGACAUCAAUGAAUGUGCAAGUAACCCUUGCAUGAAUGGGGGUCACUGCCAGGAUGAAAUCAAUGGAUUCCAAUGUCUGUGUCCCGCUGGUUUCUCAGGAAACCUCUGUCAGCUGGACAUAGAUUAUUGCGAGCCAAAUCCAUGCCAGAACGGCGCCCAGUGCUUCAAUCUUGCCAUGGACUAUUUCUGUAACUGCCCCGAGGAUUACGAAGGGAAGAACUGCUCCCACCUGAAGGAUCACUGCCGCACCACUCCGUGUGAAGUAAUUGACAGCUGCACUGUGGCAGUGGCUUCCAACAGCACACCCGAAGGGGUUCGCUACAUCUCUUCCAACGUUUGUGGUCCUCACGGGAAGUGCAAGAGCCAGGCGGGUGGAAAAUUCACCUGUGAAUGCAACAAAGGAUUCACCGGCACCUACUGUCAUGAGAAUAUCAAUGACUGUGAAAGCAACCCCUGUAAAAAUGGUGGCACUUGCAUUGAUGGCAUCAACUCCUACAAAUGUAUUUGUAGUGAUGGAUGGGAAGGAACAUAUUGUGAAACGAAUAUUAACGACUGCAGUAAAAACCCUUGCCACAAUGGAGGAACUUGCCGAGACUUGGUCAACGACUUCUUCUGUGAAUGUAAAAAUGGGUGGAAAGGAAAAACUUGCCACUCCCGUGACAGCCAGUGCGAUGAGGCGACGUGCAACAAUGGGGGGACGUGCUACGACGAGGGGGACACUUUCAAGUGCAUGUGUCCUGCAGGAUGGGAAGGAGCCACUUGUAACAUAGCGAGGAACAGCAGCUGCCUGCCAAACCCCUGUCACAAUGGUGGUACCUGUGUGGUCAGCGGGGACUCCUUCACUUGUGUCUGCAAGGAGGGCUGGGAAGGACCCACGUGCACCCAGAACACAAAUGACUGCAGUCCUCAUCCUUGUUACAACAGUGGCACUUGCGUGGAUGGAGAGAACUGGUACCGCUGUGAGUGUGCUCCAGGCUUCGCCGGGCCUGACUGCAGGAUCAACAUCAACGAAUGCCAGUCCUCGCCCUGUGCCUUUGGAGCCACGUGUGUGGAUGAAAUUAACGGGUACCGUUGCAUUUGCCCCCCGGGUCGCAGUGGUGCAGCAUGCCAAGAAGUUACAGGAAGGCCUUGCAUUACCAGUGCUCGAGUCAUGCCAGAUGGGACUAAGUGGGAUGACGACUGCAAUACCUGUCAGUGUCUGAAUGGAAAAGUCACCUGUUCUAAGGUUUGGUGUGGCCCUCGGCCCUGUGUGCUGCACGGCAAGGGCCCCGGCGAGUGCCCCGCCGGCCACGCCUGUGUCCCUGUGCGGGACGAUCACUGCUUCACCCGCCCGUGUGCCGCCGUGGGGGAGUGUUGGCCCUCCAACCAGCAGCCUGUCAGGACCAAGUGCAACUCCGACUCCUACUACCAGGACAACUGUGCCAACAUCACCUUCACCUUCAACAAAGAAAUGAUGGCCCCAGGCCUUACCACAGAGCAUGUUUGCAGUGAAUUGAGGAAUCUGAAUAUUCUGAAGAAUGUUUCUGUUGAAUAUUCCAUCUAUAUUACCUGUGAGCCUUCCCACUUGGCAAAUAAUGAAAUCCAUGUUGCUAUUUCUGCAGAGGACAUUGGGGAGGAUGAAAACCCCAUCAAAGACAUCACAGAUAAGAUCAUCGACCUGGUCAGUAAGCGCGACGGGAACAACACGCUGAUUGCUGCCGUCGCCGAGGUCAGGGUGCAGCGGCGGCCGGCCAAGAGCAGAACAGAUUUCCUGGUGCCCUUGCUGAGCUCGGUGCUGACAGUAGCCUGGAUCUGUUGCCUGGUCACCGUGUUUUACUGGUGCAUCCGAAAGCGCCGGAAGCAGAGCAGCCACACCCACACGGCCUCUGACGACAACACCACCAACAACGUCAGGGAGCAGCUGAACCAGAUCAAAAACCCCAUUGAGAAACACGGAGCAAAUACUGUCCCCAUUAAAGACUACGAAAACAAAAACUCUAAAAUCGCCAAAAUAAGGACACACAACUCUGAGGUGGAGGAGGAUGACAUGGACAAGCACCAGCAGAAGGCCCGAUUUGCCAAGCAGCCAGCCUACACUUUGGUAGACAGAGAUGAAAAGCCCCCCAACAGCACCCCUACAAAACACCCAAACUGGACAAAUAAACAGGACAACAGAGACUUGGAAAGUGCACAAAGCCUAAAUCGGAUGGAGUACAUCGUAUAGCAGACGGUGGG